AUGCCGGCGAUGGCGGAGCUCUCCAAAACACGGCCAGCAUCAAUCGCCUCGUACUUUUCCAAUUGGAUCAUCAUCGCCUUUACCAAUUGGCGAUUUCACUGCGCUUUGACGGCCCAGAAUGAUCCUCUUUUCCAAGAGCUUUACGCUUGGAGAUCAUCGGCCUGGCCUCUGGCCCCAGGUUGGCUCAUGCUGAUAUCCCUUCUCUUGCUCGGCUGCUGCAUUGCUGCUGGUAUCAAUCCUGUUUCCGGCGGAGGCUUUACGGCCUACAACUUUUUCCAGUACAUGAUCGGGGUCCUGAUUAUUGCUGGAUUUACUAUCGCAUAUAAGCUGAUCUUCCGAACCCCGUGGCGCGAUCCCAAGCUUGUGGACUGCGUCACUGGCCGGAGAAUAUUGAGUGUGGAAGAGAUCAACCAGCUUGAUGAGUACUACAAAAUGAGCAAGUGGAGGAGGUUCCUCGCCUACGUCCAACUGUGGUAG